UCUCAGUUGCUUCUCGGUCAACGGCCGAAUCAAGGGUUUAGGGGGGAGGAGUUCACUCGGAUUGCAGCAGCCUACCGUCCGCUUCGUUGAAGUCUUUGCCUCUGGACAUUCGCCGCCCCUCCAAGAGGCGUUCUUCGUGCAUAAAUGCCUACACAUGCCUACAACAUCAAGAUUUCGGCGCUUGAAUCGCUCAACGGUGGCCUAUUUUGCCGUACAUGCUUUCUCGAAUAACCUCUGUGAACAGUGUAAACGACUUUCAAGCGUGAAUUUUGCCUGACCUGUUCAAGAAAGUACGCGCGCCUGAAGCUUGACCUUGAGAUACUCCAAACAACCGCGUGCGGACGCAAGAUUCAAGCCAGUGGCACCAUGGUGAAUAUGGUUUGUGCCAACAAGAGGUAAAAUAUUGCGCUGUUUCUUGGGAACGGACAAUGUCCAGUACUACCGGAAGCUCGUGGUUCUGACCAAGCUUUUCACACGUGAGCCGGGAGCUUGACUUCGGGUGGACGGAAGAGCGCACACGAACGUUAAGUGCAAGGCGAAUGAGAUAUUGAAGAAUAUCCUUCAAGGCCCAUCAAAUGGUGAUAAUUUCAGCACGCCAUUUCUUCGGCCCAGACCCUGUCCAGCACAGCCAGAUGCUCGUUCUUCUCGUCAACCUCGUCAUCAUCGUUCUGGGCAGUGGUCGGAGCGUGGGCGUCGACUGCGGCAGCGGUGCCGACGUUGGAGCGGGAGCCGUCGGCGCGUUUUCCUCGACCCAAGCUAUUCCGAGACGUCGGACGCCGACGUGCGAAGAAGCCGAGCAGGACUGCAUCGGCCGGCUAACUUGCGGCAUGGCCUUCCACGGUCACCGCCUGGACUGCAAGCGAGAGCUGGCCGGUCGCACUCCGGGCCGCUGCUCGGUCCACUGCCGCCAAUCUCUCGUCUCCCUGGCGAGCACCGAGGAAGGCUACGCCUACAUCGGCUGCGAGUGCGGCAACGACGACUAUUGCCGGGCGCUACGACUACGGCUCACUCCUUGCUGGUGGCAGAAGCCCUGCGCCUCUUCGACAUCUGGUGCAGCCACCAACACGACGGGAUUUCAGCUGCCCGGCGGUCUGACACCGAUCGCUUCUGCGCCGUCUUGGUCCCCACCGUCGUCGACGACGUCGUUGUCUACGAGACCGCUGUGUUCCCAACUGGCCCAGGACUGCGUUACGGACCCGGUGUGCUCGGUCGCGUGGGACUACUACCGCCGCUUCUGCCACGAGGUACUCGACGGCGUCGCGGACAACUGUUCGACGCGGUGCCGCAACAGCGUGCACAUCCUAAUACGCAUGGAGAUGGCGCACCGACUGCUCGACUGCGCGUGCGACGGUCGCGUCACGCGGGUCACGUGCGGAAAUGAACUGAACCGGAUACGCACUGCCUGCUUUCACCUGGACGGCAUAGAACCCAGUGGCGGAAGCAGAGGACCACUCAGUGUCGACGGCGUCGUGGGACAUGCUCUGCUGUUGGUGUAUCUCUUGACCUCGUUUGGUUGGUGACUUUGAAUGCGUCAGUGAACCUGGUGAAGUUCUUUUUUUGCGUGUACCGCGGCAGAGAUUGUGAAUAGCACAGUUGCAUGGGCUCAAAAUCUGCCAUCAAAAUAACUUCCUAAGGUGUACGAACGACCCAUAUAGACAUAGCUGGAGUACUACUUGCUGAUCCCCUGCACGUUAUAUGCUUCUCUUGCCAUUUAAUUUACUGUAUGUUCAUUCUCGAAGCACUCAUUUGUACCGUAUAUCGAAUAGUGUCUUAUCUCGAUGACGAUCUUAGGAAGGUGACGAGUACAAUUAACGGACUGACAGAGUGA